AUGUCCUACUACACAGUUAUUGCCGCUAUGGCUAUUCUUAUAGUGGGUUUAAAUGGUAAACCAAUAACACUCGUAGCAAAUGAACCAAAACGAUGUUGUGUACCAAAGCAGUUUAGUUCACAAAUGAGUACAUCAAACGGCGUGAAAUUGCCGGAUGGUACAACAAUUGCUAUAUAUGGAUAUUAUAAUUAUUCAUAUGAUGCGGAUCGUGGUAUGGUCGGAAUGAAAGGUGUAGCAUUUUCAAUACCAGAUCAACAGAAAUCAAAUCUAUGGAUUAUUGAAAAUAUGAAUGAUGGACAAAUUUAUACAAUUGAUCAAGAUUCGAAAAGAUGCUACAAAGGAACUAUGCCAAUAAAGCCACUUCAUUGUAUUCCAGAUACAGCAACUUACUUACAUUCAUUCACAUAUGGAUAUGAUAAUAAACAAAUUAUUGGUGACACAUGGCUUGUUAAAAUCGAUCAAACGAUUAAUUAUGCAACGGUUAGUCGUGAUGGUCUUUGUGUUCCAUUGACUGGACAUAUUUUCCUUCAAAAUCCUGCUAUAUUAACUGCAGUGACAACAACAGAUUUUGCACCAAAUAUUGAUGAUCCAAGCAUAUUUGAUAUUCCUUCGGAAUGUAAUACUGUUUGCUAG